CUUUUCUUCCUGGGCCGUGGCAGAUUAUUACCUGUUUGUGUUCAAUGGGACGACGAAUUCACUUCGUGGUUGACCCUCAGGGUUGGUGCUGCAUGGGUCUGAUUAUCUUUGUCUGGCUGUACAACACAAUCUUCAUUCCGAAAGUCAUCCUUUUCCCUCACUAUGAAGAGGGACAUAUUUCAGUUGUGACAGUUCUGUGUUAUUACUUCUGCUCAUUGUUUUGUAUAGCUUCUUUACUAAGAGCUUCAGUAGCUGAUCCAGGAAAGCUACCUGAAAACCCAACCAUACCAAUUACAGAACGAGAAUAUUGGGAGUUAUGUAACAAAUGCAAUAUGAUGAGACCUAAGCGUUCGCACCAUUGCAGUCGCUGUGGACAUUGUGUGAGGAGGAUGGAUCAUCACUGUCCCUGGAUUAAUAAUUGUGUUGGUGAAGACAAUCAUUGGCUGUUUUUACAGCUGUGCUUCUACAGUCAGAUCCUUAGUUCCUACACGCUGAUACUUGAUUUCUGCCACUACUACUACUUUUUGCCUCUGAAAAAAGAAAAUUGGGAUGUUUUUGUAUUCAGACAUGAACUUGCUCUCCUAAGAAUAUCUGCCUUUAUGGGUCUAAUAAUAUUAGGUGGAAUAAGUGGACUCUUUUACACUCAGCUAAUGGGUAUUUUCACUGACACGACAAGUAUAGAAAAGAUGUCAAACUGUUGUGAAGACACAUCGAGGCCCCGAAAGCCGUGGCAGCAGACCUUCUCAGAAGUUUUUGGCACUCGCUGGAAGAUCCUGUGGUUUAUUCCUUUCAGGCAGAGGCAACCACUGCGAGUUCCCUACCACUUUGCCAAUCACGUCUGA